AUGCUUUCUUCUGAAGCCAAAGCCAAACAACCUCUGAGCCUUGCAACUGAUCAAACUGCCCUUCUUUCACUCAAACAUACAUCUCUUUUACUUGCAACUAAUUUGACCAACUCCACCUCCGUCUGCACCUGGAUUGGCGUCACUUGCAGCUUCCGCCAUCACAGAGUAGCUACCUUGAAUCUCUCCAACAUGGCUCUCUCCGGCACCAUUCCACCGCAGCUCGGACACCUCUCCUUCCUCGUCUCCCUCGACCUCUCCUACAACCUUUUCUAUGGAGAUUUGCCACACCAACUGUCUCUCCUUCGCCGUUUGAAGUUCAUAUCUCUCCGACUCAACAACUUCACCGGAGACAUCCCUCCCAUGUUGGGUCAGUUACCAAAAUUAGAGUACUUGUCUUUAAGCAACAACAGCUUCAUAGGUUCCAUCCCAAAAUCACUCUCAAACCUCACUAACCUACAGUUUCUUGACUUAACUUACAAUUCUCUAAGUGGAGAAAUUCCAAAAGAGUUUGGGAGACUUCAAAGUCUACAAACUCUGUCUGUUCAAUUCAAUCGUCUAUACGGCGCUAUACCAUCAGCCAUAUUCAACGUAUCAACCCUUGUACUUAUAGCUUUGUCAUACAAUGAAUUGAGUGGAAGUCUUCCAACAGACACUUAA